AUGACAGUUGCAGAUAAAAAGAAAACCACCACUACUUCUAAAAAAGUUGAAAAAACUAUAAAUCCAUCUAAAAAAACUACAGAAAAAGAAAACCCAAAAAAGAAAUCAUCAGUAUCAACUCCAAUAGAAAAUAAAUUUAAAGUUGUUGGAUUAGAAGAAUUAUUAAAUACUCCAAAUAAAAAAUCUGAAGUAAAACAAAUUAAAUUUGAUGAAAAAGGUGAUAAAUUAGUUAACCAAAUUUUAUCAUUUUUUAAAAUUCAAGGUAUUACAAAUAUUAAAUUAAAUGAAUAUGAAUUAUUAGAAAAAGAAAUUUCAAAUAAUAAUAAUAAAAUCAUUAAAAAGGUAUCAAAUAAUUAUACAUUAUUAAGUGAAUUAAUUAAAAAAUUAUUAAAAGAAGAAUGCAAAGAAAUUGAAGCAAUUUCAAUUUUAUUAGUAAUUACACGUUCCAUUUCAUCAUAUAGUUUCCCAAAUUUUGUAGAGACAAUAAUAAAGAAAGAUAAGAUUAAAAUGGUACCAACAAUUUGUAAAUAUUUUACAGAUUUAAGUAGUGAUGAUUUAGUAUCAUUAAUUGAAUACAUCCUCACAAAUCAAACAUUCAAUAAAAUUAAAAAACAAAUUGAAAAACAACCAACUCAAUCAUUAACUCAACAAUCAUCAGCUACCGAAAUCAAUAAUUCAAUUGAAUUGGAUACUUUAUUAUCGUUACCUUUAAAUCACGACUUUAUGUUAACAUCACUUCGUUCACUCUCUAUCGAUUCAGUUUUAUUACUUUUAAAUUAUUUAUAUUCUCGUAUUUCUUUAUUCUCAUUAAGUGUUGAAUUAAAUUCUGAAGAAAAUAAUAAUAAUAAUAGUAGUAGCAAUAAUAAUAAUAAUAAUAAUAAUAAUAAUAAUAAUAAUACAUCAAAUUUAACAUUAAAACAAAUUAUUGAUUGGAUUUCUUUAAUUUUCGAUACACACUUCCAAGAAUUAAUUAAAAAGAUUGAAAAUAUUAAUCAUUACUCCGGUCCAAUUCGUUCAUUACAAAAUAAUACAAAAUCAUUCUUUUACACAAAAUCAUUUAUUGACUUUUUAGAAAAAUCUUCACUCACAAAAUCAAUUGAAAAUAAUGAUUAUUCAAUUUAUCAUUAUAAAUUUUAA